GCCGUGUGUAGCAGCCUCACUGCGUCUCAGUAUGCGCUGCUGAAACACGUACCCGCGGUAAAAGCGUGACUGCAUUGGCCAUGAGGCGGGUGUCGACAAAACUUCAAUCGGUGCUUCCCCGAUACGACGCCCACGAUGCGCUGCCGACCGGUCGUCCUGCAUCUCUGGCUGUCGCUCGUCCUCUUAGCGUCCACACGCAUGCCUGCCGUCGUGUGUGCCAAUAUGACGGCGCAGAACGACACGCCGACUGCGACACCCGUGACAGUCACGACGCCGCCAACGCCAAGUCCCGUGCCGACGGACCCCCCGACACCAAGCCCGUCGCCAUCCACGGUGACACCGCCCCCAACAACCACAUCGCCGCCUCCAAGUACGACACCGCCACCCACCACGGUGACCCCAGAGCCCACAACGACCCAAGCACCGACCACGACACCCCCACCGACACAAACAACGCCGACACCAACGACAACAAUAGCACCCACUCCACUUCCCGAGGCUGUCAUCACAACGGACGCGCCAACGAUCCAACCGAUGCGCGAAGCCGUGCCGACGAUGGCGAAGGAGGUUGCUAGCUCCGCGCCGCCAGCUUCUUCACCUCCAGUCGCCGCGGCCGGCGCGUCGUGGAAGUUUUAUGUCGCGAUCGCAGCUGCAAACGUCGCGGUUGUCGCGGUCGUGCUCUUUGUGCUCUUCCGGCGGCGCGCGUCACGUCAUCGGAAAACCAUGGACUCAUUCGAAUCCUUCACGCCCCGCGGGGACCAGCGACCGUUCGACUCGAACAGCGUCGACGUCGACCUCAUGGAAAGCAGCGUCGUGUCCUACGAGGUUCUCACGCCGUGCGAAAACAUCGUCACAAGUGGCUACAGCAGUGUCGACCCGUCCUCGAGCAUGCGCAUGUCCAAACUGAGCUUCAUGAGCGAGGGUGAUGAGCCCCUUGAGAACGACGACCUCGACGACAUGGUAGUCCUCUCGCAUCCGCAGCAUUUCGGCCCCGACGUGCACAAGGCGCGCUGGUCGGCGUUCAACAUUCGUCCAGAGUUUCCAGGCAAUAUUUCGACGACGCUCCGCGCGACGUACCCAUCAUGGCAGGAACGCCUAAGCAAGGGAUCAAGCUCCCAUGCGCUCGAGUCGAGCGUUGUCGACGACGACGAUGAGCCCCCAACACCCGCGCACGACCCAGCGUUCCCGAAGAUGCUCAGUGCGCAGUCCAACUGGUCCCAAUGGCAGGAUGGCCACUCGUUCAGCGGGCACUUGAGCCAAGAGGACGAUGACGCAACUACAAGCAGCAUUGCCGAGUGGCACGAUGGCGAGCGCGACAGCUACAUGACAGACGACGCGCCGCGCAUUAGUCUCGAGUCGGCGGGCGUUGAUUGGCACCUGGGCUCUGCCGACGACUGGCGUGACUCGAGGCUGCACCCGUGAUCGUCGGUCCGCUUCGUCGUCUUUCCAGUCGUGCGAUAGAUUAGUAUUAUUUUAAAAGCAUCAUCGCUUCUUGCCAUCAUGCCACUGCAAGAGCUGCCAC